AUGUGCAUCAUUUUCCUCACGCCCGUCGAUUGCACCAGCCCAAAGAAGAUCACCGAAAAGGCCAAGGAGUCAUUCUGGCCUCAGCUCGCCUCUGAUAUCGAGAGAAAUAAUGUCAAAUUGAGGGAUCUUGCCCCAGAAGGUGGCAUCUGUCGGGGGGAUGUCACCGUCCUCCCAUUUGACCACAAGCUCCAGAACGGUAAGGGAGAAACCCUCCGGGGAGUGAUCCUCUCCCGUGGGAAUAUCUUUGGGGCUUCUUGCUUUAGGGAGAAUGUUCGAUAUUGCCUCCAGACCAAAACCGAGAUCUGCUGCCCAGCCUGCAGAACUGUAUUCGUCCAUCCCAUGUGUGGGCAUUACUUCCACGGAUUGUAUAUGCCCUCAAAUAAACCAGAUAUGGACUUCAUACCCCCCACGCUCAAUAAUGGAGGCAUUAUUGCCGAUCACUGCGACGAAUGCGCCACCAACAACACCGUAGACGAGCUUACCGACAACCUCCACAAUCUCCUCCCCGAAGAGUCCAAGGGGCGUUAUGCUGUAUCUCUGAGCUACGGUGGUGAGACCUUUCCACUUCUCUGGAUGCGGAACUGCCCGGAAAUGCGUGUUCCAGCAGCGUUCAGAACUUUCGUUGCUCAAUACCAACGACGCUUGGACAAGUAUGAGAGCAGUACGAAGCUCUGGAAUAACUGUUGCUAUACUGGCGCCCCGGUGAAGGUCCGUGACCUGGGAUCUCAGUAG